AUGCUGUGGGGCUCUAUCCUUCUAUCUCCAGCUCUCUACGGCAAGUUGCCCUCAGACCCAUUUGCAAAACUGCCCAUCUUUUCAACGCUCAUCAAGUCUCUCAAAAUGAAUCAUCUCCGUGACACCUUGCUCAGCCCCUCACCACAAGGCCUAGACGAAAUCCAGGGGGCUGAUGGCAUCGCUCAUGAUCGCGAGGACGUGCGAAAAUCAAUCGCUCGGGGAGAAUUCAGGGAGCUCCGCGGAGCAGCCUUUUACAAUCGAACCUGGAUCAUCACCGACCGCUACUGCAAUGUCGGGGAUGGUGUGGAUUGCCUCGUGGGCUACAUCCAUCACAUCUGGUAUACGUACUACCAGCUCAGCCGACAUACAUCGCACGAAAAAGCCGAUCACAAUAGUCUUGUCCUUGAUAUCCUCCGAAUUCAAGGCCGCGGCCCGCUGACCAGACCCGUGGCGGGGAAUUAUGGAAUCGAUAUUGCGCGAACUAUCGAAGGCACGUUGUGGAAUGACCUGCCCUUCUUGGUUACUGAUAUGACCGAGUUUUGGAUCAGCGACUUCGCAAUAAUGGCGGGCUCGCAGCGCGUCAAUUUCGCGUCUUUCUUAGCCAAGCUAGCGUCAACUCGCGUCAGCAAGGAUAGAAUGUGUCAGAUCGCCAUCAUCCUCUUCCGUUAUACGUUUGAGAACCCUCAAGAAGUUUACCCCUUCGACGAGCCGGAUAACGAGAAUCCGGAAAGAAGUCUCAAAGAUCUUCAGGUUCAGCAGCUAUUGCCAUCUGUCUUCGCCUGGAUCAUGGAAGCAGGAAAUAAUCUCCUUCUACUUUCGGAGGUCUCAUGGAAUGAUUGCCCCAGCACCAUCGGCCAUGGCGGUCCAUUGUUCGUUGAGUCCGAGUUUGGGAAGCGCACCUCGACUGGACUGAGCCCAUGGAGAUGGAUGUUCUGGCUCAAGCGACUCCAUGAAUUCCGGGAUCAAGCUAGAAGUGUUGGCGAGAAACGCGUGGAGGAGCUCUGCGACGAUUCUAUUCGUCAUAUGUUUUCAGAUGUCAAGGAUAGGAACUCUGAGAUAUUGAGAACUUAUAAAACUGGCGGUGAGUUCCUUCAACAAGAACCACAUUUGGUGCGCCUGAAAAGAAUUGUGGAUGGCGAGGACUCUGAUGAGGGCGAGGUCUUCGAGGACGAUGAUUUCAACAAUGACAGUUGA